CCAUCCGGCCCGGCGCCCGGCGGGCCCGGGGCGGGGACGCGGACUACCCGCGAGCUGGCCCGCCCCCAGCCCAGCGACCUCUCGGGCCCAGGGCGUCUGCGACGUGGGGGAAGGAGGGCGACGCCCCCGGCCCGCCCCGUCGGAGUCCGCCUCCGCCUCCACCGCGGCUCUGCCAGGCGGUGGGAGUGCGGGGGGCCCUGCGAGGGGCGGCGACACGGACGCAGGAGGCAGGGACGGUGGGGAGGGGACCCGAAGGCGCGGGAACGCGGGAGGGGCGGCAGCGGGGUCCCUGGGACGGGCUGAGCUUAGUUAGGAGCGCGAGAAAGAGGGACCAGCGAGCGACUGAGACACUGACACCAGAGAAGGGAUCUGCGGGGGACAGAGACGGCGACAGGGAGGACGGGUGUCGCUGGGAUCGAGUUCUGCACCGGGGGGGAAAAGGGCGGGACGUGGAGCAGAGAACAGCAGACUUGGGGAUCGCCCUGUGCCCUGCUUACAGGUGGUUCCUCUACCUUGUCAAAGUAGUUCUAGAAGUCUCCAACCCUCGGUUCCCAGUUACCAGGACCAGCACCCACCCAGACCAGUCUACCCUAGAAAAACUAUGACCCCAGCCAGCAUCAGGAAGCUGAGCGAGGUCAACGAAGAGAGGCCACCCUACAAGAGCAGCCCACCUGGCGCUUGACCGAGCGUUUACUUCCGUCCCCGGGAAGUGGGUACCAGGGCUGGGAGGAAGGCACCCCAGCACUGACGAGGAUCGCGCAGCUGGCUGGGGUAGAGGAGGGGGGAAGAUACUCGAUGGUCGUUUGUCCUCUCUCCACCUGUGACACCUGCAGGCCAGUGACAGGAACCAACCGGAGAGAAAGGAGCCCGCUAGCGCCUCGGUCAGCCUCUUUCUGCCAUCUUCUGGCAACUAGACAGAAAGACAGGAGCAGGUGCCCGGGGAAAGAGGCCUCUAUGGGGUUUGUGUUUGACCACCAACUGGCCCUAGGCCAGAUCAGCUUGAGGGAGCCACCCAUUCUGCCUCAGUGCCCUUGAUCUUUCUCUACUACUUCUCCCUGGCCAGGGUUGGUCCAGCCCUCUCCAGGCUGGGCCUGAGUCACUCCCCAGGCAGGAAGGGCUGUGCGGAGCCCACAGUCACAAGGGACAUACACACUCAGGCUGCAGAACCCUGCUGCCCACACUCCAACUAGGUAGGCUUUCCCAGGUGAGCAGGGGGAGUCCCUGGGUUUGGGGAUGGGAUAGAGGAGUCCUGGAGGUCUGUCGAGAACUUCUGUCUAGUUCUUGGUCUACAGAUAAGGAAACCGGGGCCUGAGUGAACUGUUGGGAAGACACACGGUGAGUGAGUAACCAGUCCAGGGUGGUCCUGCGUCCUCUGACUCCCAGGCCUGGGCCCCAUACACUGCUGUUCAUUCCUUUCUUGUCUUCUUUCUCCUUUCCUUCCCCAUGAUCCACUGCCACAGGGCUGCUACCCGCCCUGCCCGCCCCCCCACAAACUCCAUUCCUGCAGCCUAGAAGGCUGGACACCUGGGCUUUCGUCCUGGGCCUGACUUGGAUGCCAGGAUCUCAGCCUAAGCUCAUCAAUCCUUCAAGGGCAACAGCAUCCCUCUCUGGGUGCCAGGACCAGUUGGAGACAGAAUGGUGGGGGUAAACCCAAGCACCCUACUCCUCACACUCACCAUUGAGUUCAGUCCCAACUCUGUACCCCUACUUCUGCCUGCUCUCCCCAGGGAACACACAUUUUCCACUCAGCUGGGGCCCUGGAAAGGAUUAAUGUAGGUCUCAAGGCGAUGACACUCUGCUGAAGCUCAGGGGCUAUCCAGGGGGAGAGGAGGUAACAGUUCCCCCAGGCGGGUGUCCACAGGGCGCAGGCAUUCUGCUCAUACCACGUAAACAGAUCUGGGUUCAGCUUGUAGCUUUGUGGUACGGGGCUGAGAUUUACCCUCUCUGUGCCCAGCCAUCUUCUGUAACAGUACACUCGGGAGGCUACCAAGGGAACUGAAUGAGAUAAAAGAUGUCAGCAAUGAUCAGGGUGACCGGCACCAGGGAUGACCCAAUAAGUGGGAGCCACAUUCACAUCUUUAUACAUCAGCCUUCAAGAAGUAACUCUGAUCCCUUGCAGUGUACUCAGUAAACUAUUAAAUUUUAAAGGAAAGGAAAGGAAGGAAGGAAGGAAGGAAGGAAGGAAGAGUUGUUUUUCAUCCCACCAUUUAAUGCACUGUGUGAACCCGGUGUGUUCUCAUUCUUUCUCAACUCCAGACUCUCAUCCCAUCUCUACAGAAGGAAAGUGGGCAGCUGAAGCCAGAGGAUCACAGGGAAUCACCUCACUUCCAAGCCUCCAUGGCAGAGGAGGGGGCCAUCCUCAAGAUCACCAGGAAUCUGAAAGACGCUGUCUCCGCCAUCCUCCAAGGAUAUGGGGACGGGCAGGGGCCCGUGACAGACACCAGCGCUGAGCUACAUAGACUCUGUGGCUGUCUGGAGUUGCUGCUGCAGUUUGACCAGAAGGAGCAGAGGAGCUUCCUGGGGACUCGGAAAGAUUACUGGGAUUUCCUCUUCACUGCCCUGCGACGGCAGCGGGGACACACGGAGCAGACCAGAUUCGUAUGCUCACAGGACAAGCUGAAGACCUCUCUAGGAAAGGGCCGCGCCUUUAUCCGACUCUGCCUCGCCCAUGGACAGCUGGCCGAGUCCAUGCAGCUGUGCCUCCUGAGCCCAGAUCUCACUCGGGAAUGGUAUGGCCCCCGGAGCCCUCUGCUGUGCCCUGAGCUCCAGGAAGACAUUUUGGACUCUCUCUAUGCCCUCAAUGGAGUUGCCUUCAACCUGGACCUGCAGCGGCCAGACCUGGAUGAAGCCUGGCCCAUGUUCUCAGAGUCCCGCUGCUCCAAUCCCAGACAGACCCAGGAAAGAAGACCCAGAAAGCCCAAAGGUUACCCAAAGGAGGUGAGCUGCUCCAGAGGAGAGCAGCUACAGGGGCCAGACGCCCGUGGAACCAGCUCUCUGCAAGAUGCACCCAGAGAAGACCGCCUACCUGGCCUCCCUACCCCCAUGCAGCAUGGCCAUCUUCCCACCUUUUCAGAAAAGAAGAAGGGGGAUCCCCGGAGCCUCAGCUGUCCCCAGAGCAUUUGGGAAACAGAAGGGGAGGGAUUUGAGCGAGACCAGAAGGAGGGAGGCCCAAAGAAUAGGAAAUCCCUGGAGAAUUCAGCGGCCAGCCGCCAGCAACAGAGGGAAGGGGCUAAGGAGGCUCAAAGGGAGGUGACAGGAGAGGAAGAUGAAGGCAAAGGAAGCCUGUCAGUGACAGAAGGUCAGAGAGCAACAGAGGGGACCCAGGAAAAGGCAGCAGAUGGGGACCGUGACCAAGGGCUGCUGACCCCCAGCCUUCAAGGAAGGGUAAAUGACACAGCAUUAGGGAACAGGCAGGGGUGGAAUCAGCCUAGUGUUCUAGGGCAGCCCUGGGUCCUGCAAAGCCCGGGAGUAAAGAAAGGCUCCCCCACAGAGAAGCCACAAGAGUGGACAAGAGUGACCAGCGUGAGCAGGCUGGAGGAUCAAGCGGAAGUGCCCGUGCAGGAGAUGGCCAAGGACCCCACAUAUGGGCUCCGGCUGGCAAAGGAACAGGCCCAGCGCCAGGAGCAGCUGCUGCGGGCACAGGAAGAAGAGCUGCAGGCGCUCCAGGAGCAGCUCAUCAGGUGUCAGGCAGAAAGAGCCCAUUUGCAAGUGAUGCUGGAGCAGACGCAGCAGGAAGCUGAGAGGAGGGACGCCAUGUAUGAGAAGGAGCUCGAAGGGCAGAGGGACCUGGUCCGGGCCAUGAAAAGGAGGGUGCUGGAACUGAUUCACGAGAAGGACCACCAGUGGCAGAGGCUGCAGCAGCUGUCGGCUGUGGCCCCCGGACACUGCGUGGGCUGCAGCAAGGUCUUCAGGCGUCUGUCCCGGCGGUACCCUUGCAGGCUCUGCGGAAGCUUUGUCUGCCAUGCCUGCUCCGUACACUACAAGAAGAGAGAACAGUGCUGCCCAGCCUGUGCCCAGCGGGAGGAAAUCCAGGUCACCUGACCAAGAUCGCAAGAGGAGCCUAAGAUCUCCCCCCACCUCCCCGCCCCCGCAGUUCCCUCCCUCCCUCCCUGAAGUCUGACCACUGUUUUCUUCUGGAAGCUGGAGAGCUGAGGCACCAGCACUGCUGUGAGGGGUAAAGGGAACAGCUGGCAGGCUGAAAAUAAGCCUAGCUCUGCCUUUCCUGUGGAAGGGGCUGAGUGGAACAUGCCUCAGCUCUAGAAGCUUUGUGUCCGAUGUGAGGAAGACAGGCUAUGAACUCUCUGUAAAGUCCCUUGAGGCACAAUGAGUUCGUGACCAGCUGUUUCCUAGCUACACUCCUCUCCCCCACCACCCGCAGGAAGUGAACCCAAAUACACAGGGCUCUUCAAUCUUCCUUUCCAGUCUACUUCAGGGAUCAUUGGUUUGUUUCAUUUCUCACAG